CAAUUAACACCAAACAAUGAAAACAUUGCAUCUAAAUUGUCAGUAAAGAUGAUGGAAAAGUGAGAGAAAUAUGUAACAGCUAUUUGAUAGUGGGACUUAGAAUACAAGUCACCACAGAAUCUGAUUUGAACAAAACAAAAAUGGCUUGAUAUAUCAAACGUUAGUAAAGUAUUAUGAUAUAUGUUGUUUUGUUUUUUUUUUCAAAAAGAUCGACUCUAGCAGAAGGGGAGGGAGAAUCUUCAGAUGAAGAGGAAUAUGGUGAAGAUCUAUUUUUGUGUGAUGAUGGAGCAGAUUAUGGUUUUUUAGGGGAUAAUUCUAGAGAGGGCUCUGAGGACUUCUCCCAACAUGAAGUCAGUCCUGCUUACUCCCCAACCAGUCCCUCUUUCUAUCAACCUGUUGCUGAGCAUUUAGAAAGCAGUUCAGACAUGGAAGACCUAGACAUGCAGUUAUUUGACUUUGACACAGAUUCUGUCAAAAUGGGAGCUAGAAUGGAAGAGGAAGAAGGAGAAAAAGUAAGAAAAAAGAAGAAAAAAACUGGGAUAGACAUUAGUAAAGAAAUUAAGAUGGAAGUUAGUGAACAGAAAGGUGGAAAACUGUCAAAUCUCAUGGAGCGUUCUGAAGAACUUCAGUCUAUGUCUGCAUCUUUUGCUUUGAAUGCAGACAAACCCAAGGGUUUCUUUCCUAAAUCAAGAGUUUCUUUUUUGAGUUCUGAUGAACCUGAAGUGCAACAAGCUCAGCAGUUAACUGCUGCUCCUGAGCCACUCACAGGUUCAUUUCAGUUACAGGUCUCAGCACCUCAGUCACUGGGGUUUUCUCCUAGAGAAAAACAGUCUUACCCAAAGCAGGCACAGCUGCAGGGUUUCACAUUUGGAGCACAAGUUUCUGCACAAGACCAGCUAUCUGCUUUUAAAGCGCCAAUGUCAAAUCAACCGUUUACUUUUGGUGCAGCAGCUCCAAUGUCAUCUGUUGGCUUUGGAGCACCAGCACCUAUUUCUAAUGCAGACCAGACCCUUUCAUUUGGGGUAUUUCCAGUGAGAGGCCAGGCCCCUGUAUUUGAUGGUCAACCUCCUAGUAAUGACCAGACACCUAUGUUUGGCUCCAGGGCACCGCCUCUCAGAAGGGCUCAAGUCCCUCUUUUUGGAGCAAGAUAUACUGAUUCAGCCCAGCCUCAAGCAUUCUCAAUACCAUCAUUCUCAUCAACUCGGUCCACUGGCUUUGGAGCCCCAGUUUCAGUGGCCAGCAACUCAUUUGGAUUUGGAGCACAAGCUUCAGCAUCAAUCCAGACUCAAAUAUCUCAGACACCUGCUGUAAGUUUUGCAUUGUCUGCCCCAAUGUCAGCUGCUGGGGGAUCACAGAAAGGUGGUCAUCCAGAGCCAUCUCAGUCAGAAAGCAUAUCAUCUGUUGCCAAGCCAGCAUCUCCAAGAACAUUUGGAAGUUUGUCUGUUGAUUCUGGUGAACCUGGAGUUUUGUUUAAAUCAAAGAAGACAGCCAGUGAGAGAGGCAGAGGCGGGUAUAGUUUUGGAGGAGUAGGAGCUCCCUUGUUUCACGCUGCUAGUCAGUCAAUAGAGAAAGUUUCACUGAAGGCACAAGCUGAAGAACCACCAAGGACAGAGCUAUUGAAAGGGGUUAAACCAAUCUUACAACCUGCAAAGUUACAGUUGUCAACUGAAGCACCACACCCACCUCCAUUAACUGGAGGAGGUGCACCACCUGGACCACCACCACCACCACCACCACCUCCACGUACAGCAACGCAACGAUUACGAUCAGCAGACGGAUAUCUAUCAAUGGGAGUUAAAUCCCCGCCUUCAUUACCUAAAGCAGGGGUACCACCACCACCACUGCCACCGCCACCUGGAGCAGCAGUACCACCACCAUCCCCACCACCAUUACCUAGAGCAAGGGUAGCACCCGCAGCCCCACCACCUGGAAGAGCAGUACCUUCACCAUCACAUAGUACAGAGACACAACCCAAAGUGAUGUGGAGGAAAAUGAAGGUACCAGCUGAUAAUGCCAAGAGGAAAAUGAGUAAAGAGAGUCCAAAGGAAAAAUCCAGUGAAGCUGUUAGUAUUGACCCACCCCCACAGAAAUCAUCACCAGAGGCAGAAGUAGCAGAAAUUGUAAAGAAAAAUCUAGCUUCAGUCAAAUUGAGAUCAGCAGGUUCAGUGGUUCACAGAAAAGUGUUUGGUGAGUCAGAGCAACAAUCAUUAACAACAGAGAUAACAAAGAAAAUUGAAACCAAGCUUAGACAAAUGCCAGUAGAUAAAGGAUCAAUAGACCAACAAAGGGGAAGGAAAACCCUCGGCAGAAUAGCUGGAGACAGAUUAACCAAUCAGUCUAUAGACAGAGUUAUAGAUUUGGAUUCUUCCUCUUCAUCUUCUCAAGACUGGUCAUCCUCGGAUGAAGAAUGCAAAGUUUCAGUUAUUG